AUGAUCCCGUCUCUUGAUCCUUUUAACUUCUUAGGUACCAUUUUGGGAUCAGAUCCUGUCCCUGGCAUCUUCUCCCUACCUGGGAUCCUCUGCCUCAUCCUGGGAGCCCUUCUUUUCCUAGUCCUCAUUAUUUUGGGGACACAGCUGCACAGAUGGAGAGCAGACCACAGAGCCUUAUCCAGGUUUAGGGAUGCGCUUGAUGAGGCUGUGUACCAGGAGAUCGAUUACCUCGGAGGACUAAAGGAGGAAAUGCUGGACAGUCCAGGGUCCUGGUCAGACAACUCAGUGAGUAAACUACCAUAUUACACAAGAGAUGAUGAGGAGAACGGUGACUUAAAUUCCAUGCCAGAACCUCCACAUCAGGGGGCUGAUGCACUUAGGGAUGGCUAUGAUGAUGCUGAAGAGCUGCCCAUUAUGGAGACACCCCCAGUCUCUCAGAUGAGUGAGGGGGAAAUCCCCCCGGAGGAAAAGAGUGUGAGGACCUCUCAGGCAGGCUCUUCUCUGCGGCUCCUCAGAGGUGCAGCUGAACCCAGGAAAGGAGAAGAUGGUUCCUGGCUGCUCCCGGGGGAAGAAAGGAAUGCUGGAUAUGAUGAUGUUGAACUUAGUGCCCCUGGAACAUCUGUGAAGGCUUUCCCAUAAUGUUGAAUUAAAAAUGAGAUGAGGUCUCAGAGGGUCUAACUGCC